CCUGGCCCGCGGGGCGGAGAUGCUGGGCGGGCUGGGCAGCACUUCACUGUAACGCGAGCCGGGUUACGGCGGAAGGGCGGCCGGGCGGAGGGAAGGAGGAGGCCGCGCGCUACGUCCUCGGAGGACUAGGACCAGGCGUUCCAGGAGGUGGCCUCGAGUGGAGCCUCAGAAGCCUCUCAGGCACCAGAGAAGACCUCCGCAGACCCGAAGCCCUCCGAGCUUCCUGGGAGCGAGAAAGCGCGGGGGCGGCCCCACGAGGACGCAAGAAAGGCGGGACCCAGGCCGGGCGUCCACUCGAGUGCUUUCGGCGUCUCUUGACCGUACCGCCCCACAACCCCCGCGGCCCCUGCAGACCCGAUCCGGAAACAGCCGAGCGGAUCCGGAAACAGCCGAGCGGACCCGGAAGCGGGAGUGCCAUCACCAGUUGAGUGCGGGAAUCCGCCGUUUGGGCUGAGACGAUGGCAGCUGCGCCAGCAACCCUAGUGCUGGAUCCCCAGUCCCAAGAGGAGCAAAAGGAUGCAUCCGAGACAAGUGAGCUCAGUCGGCUUCGUGCCGAACUGGCUGGUGCACUGGCAGAAAUGGAAACUAUGAAGGCUGUAGCUGAGGUGAGCGAGAGCACCAAGGCGGAGGCAGUGGCUGCAGUGCAGAGACAAUGCCAAGAGGAGGUGGCUUCCCUGCAGGCCAUCCUGAAAGACUCCAUCAGCAGCUAUGAGAGCCAGAUCGCAGCCCUGAAACAAGAGCGGCAGCAGCAGCAGCAGGACUCUGAGGAGAAGGACCGAGAGCUGGGCCACCUCAAACAGCUGCUGGCCCGGGCCCACCCUUUGGACUCCUUGGAGAAGCAAAUGGAAAAGGCCCAUGAAGACUCAGAAAAGCUGCGGGAGAUCGUGUUGCCCAUGGAGCAGGAGAUUGCAGAGCUGAAGGUAAAGCUGCUGAGGGCUGAAGAGCUGAUCCAAGAGAUCCAGAGACGACCAAGGCAGCCUGCCUCCCUGCAUGGCUCCACAGAGCUGCUUCCACUAUCGAGGAACCCCUCACCCCCACUGGAACCCUUGGAGGAGCCAAGUGGGGACGCAGGCCCAGCUGCUGAGGCCUUUGCCCACAACUGCGAUGACAGUGCCUCCAUCUCUUCCUUCUCCCUCGGUGGGGCCGCCGGUAGUACCUCCCUACGAGGCCCCCAAGGCCUCAGCCCUGAGCAGGAAGAGACAGCUUCUCUGGUGUCUACUGGCACUCUGGUCCCCGAGGGCAUCUACCUACCCCCUCCUGGGUACCAGCUUGUUCCAGAUAGCCAGUGGGAGCAACUGCAGGUAGAGGGGCGGCAGCUGCAGAAGGAGCUGGAAAGUGUCAGCCAUGAGCGGGAUGAGCUGCAAGAGGGACUGAGACGGAGCAAUGAGGAGUGCACCAAGCAGAUGCAGGUGCUCCUGGCCCAGGUCCAGAACUCAGAGCAGCUGCUACGAACUCUGCAAGGAACUGUGAGCCAAGCCCAAGAGCGAGUACAGCUGCAGAUGGCAGAACUGGCCACUUCUCACAAGUGCCUGAGCCAAGAGGUUAAAAGACUAAAUGAAGAAAAUCAAGGGCUCCGGGCUGAGCAGCUGCCAUCCUCCACCCUCCAGGGCUCAGAGCAGCGGGAGGACCAGGACGAGGCCCUGCCAAGCUCCAUACAGGAGCUACAUCUGCUGGUGAGGCACACCAGGCAACAGGCGCGAGCCAGGCAGCAGGCACAGGAGCAUGAGGCCGAGCGCCUGCGCAUUGAAAUUGUGAAGCUGCGGGAGGCACUGGAUGAGGAAACAGCGGCCAAGGCCAGUCUGGAGGGACAGCUGAGGGUGCAGCGAGAAGAGACAGAUGUGUUGGAGGCCUCCCUGUGUAGCCUGAGAAUAGAGACAGAGCGGGUCCAGCAAGAGCAGCGCAAGGCCCAACUCACAGAUCUCCUCUCAGAACAGAGAGCCAAAGCUCUCCGGCUGCAGGCUGAGCUGGAGACCAGUGAACAGGUGCAGAGGGACUUUGUACGGCUGUCCCAGGCCCUACAGGUACGCCUGGAGCGGAUCCGCCAAGCAGAGACGCUGGAACAAGUGCGUAGCAUCCUGGACGAGGCACCCCUCAGGGACAUCAGGGACAUUAAGGGCUCUUGAGGAGCCAGGAGAGAGGUUCCCUGCUGGAGAAGCUGCCCCUUUCUCUACCAGAACUGUGAGGCAUGGACUGCAGGUCCCAGAAUGGAGUCCAUCAGCUACAAACCUGGAUGGUGGUGUCCCUAGGGCCACUAUUUCCAUCCAGGGUGGCUGGGCCUGCCCUCAGGGAUGAUACCUGGAAGAGGGUCCCAGCCCCCUUCCAGAACCAAAGUGCAGGCCGAGCGAGCCCUGUGGCUUUCAGGCUGCCAUGCUCCCUCAUGGAUCCAGCUCUCCCACCCUGUCACCUCAAGCCAGUAGCCAGUCCCUACUCUGGGCACUCCCAGCUUAUGGCUAGAAGCUGUUGGAUUCAGUGGGUUCCUCACACAGAAGCCCUGGGACACACAAUGGCUUUUUGGACUGUAUGACACUAAGGUGUUUGUCGAUAGGCCCUAAGAUAUAAGGAAGCAAGGCCAGGCUUUUCUGUCAUUUAUUUUCAAUAAAUAAGCAGUCAGCUA